CUUGGCAGCAGUAUCUCUAGGACAGGACCUCUGCAGUUAUGUAGGGCUGUCACUGCAGUCACAGUACUACAGUUUUUUUAAAGAGCACAGAGUGCAAGAGGACAGGUGCUCUGAUUCCUGUGAUGUGCUGAAGUUGAUGACUCCUAGUUUGCUCAUCAGUGCAGCAAAGAAAAUCAGUCAGUUGAGUUGAUACGGACAUGAGUGACAUCAGUCACCUCUGGAGAGACUGCAGCCAGGGAGAGUGGAUGUGGCAGAAGAAGGAAAUUGCAGAGCAGCAUGCUGUUUACAUGCCCUGAUCAGAGUAAUCAAAGGAAGUUGUGAGAUGCCCGAUUCAUGUAGUUUGACUUUCUGCCUAAAGCUACAGCCAUUUUACAGCUGUGGCCAUUACACAGUGGCCUGGAGAACUGAGCCACCUGUGAACUCAAUGUGGGAUUUGCAGAGACUGGUACAUUAGGAGGCUCCAAAGUAGCAGAUGGCGGCGCCUCUCGCCAGCAAGGCAGGGUCCGCCGGCACCACCAGCAAGCCUCCCUUCCCGGAGCUGGAUUUCCGAUCGGGAGCCAGGGUGGAGGAAUUAAAUAAACUCAUCCAGGAAUUCACCAAGCACGAUCAGAGGGAGUACGACGACCAGCGAGCCCUGGAGAUCCACACGGCGAAGGACUUCAUCUUCUCCAUGCUGGGCAUGGUUCAGAAACUUGACCAGAAGCUGCCCGUAGCCAACGAGUAUCUGCUGCUGUCAGGCGGCGUGCGGGAAGGUGUGGUGGACAUUGACCUCGAUGAGCUGAAUGUUUAUGCCCGGGGCACAGACUAUGACAUGGACUUCACCCUGCUGGUGCCCGCGCUGAAGCUGCACGACCGCAACCAGCCGGUCACGCUGGACAUGCGCCACUCGGCCCUGUGCCACUCCUGGCUCAGCCUGCGCCUGUUUGACGAAGGAACCAUCAGCAAAUGGAAGGACUGCUGCACAGUCGUGGACCAUAUCAAUGGAGCUACCAAUUACUUCUUCUCCCCAACAAAAGUUGCAGACUGGUUCUAUGAAUCCAUUAGCAUUGUGCUUUCUGAGAUCCAGAAAAAGCCCCAACGAGGGAUGCCAAAGGUGGAGAAGGUAGAAAAGAACGGGACUAUCAUAUCCAUUAUUUUGGGAGUGGGCAGCAGCCGCAUGCUGUAUGACAUUGUCCCUGUGGUGUCCUUCAAAGGCUGGCCAGCUGUGGCACAGAGCUGGCUGAUGGAGAACCACUUCUGGGAUGGGAAGAUCACGGAGGAGGAAGUCAUAAGUGGGUUUUACUUAGUGCCUGCAUGUUCCUACAAGGGGAAGAAGGACAAUGAAUGGAGGCUGUCAUUUGCCAGGAGUGAAGUGCAGCUGAAAAAGUGCAUCUCCAGCAGCCUCAUGCAAGCCUACCAGGCCUGCAAAGCCAUCAUCAUCAAACUGCUGUCCCGCCCCAAAGCCAUUAGUCCAUAUCACCUGCGGAGCAUGAUGCUGUGGGCUUGUGACAGGCUGCCAGCCAGCUACCUGGCCCAGGAGGAUUACGCAGCCCAUUUCCUCCUGGGUCUCAUUGAUGAUCUCCAGCACUGCUUGGUCAACAAGAUGUGCCCUAACUACUUCAUCCCGCAGUGCAACAUGCUGGAGCACCUCUCCGAAGACACCGUGAUGCUCCACGCACGGAAGCUGUCCUCGGUGCGCUCCGACCCUGCCGAGCACCUCCGAACUGCCAUCGAGCACGUCAAGGCAGCCAACAGGCUCACCCUGGAGCUCCAGCGGCGGGGCAGCACCACCAGCAUCCCCUCCCCACAGUCUGACGGAGGGGACCCCAACCAGCCUGACGACCGGUUAGCCAAAAAGUUGCAACAGCUAGUGACUGAGAACCCUGGAAAGUCCAUCUCUGUCUUCAUUAAUCCAGAUGAUGUCACAAGGCCCCACUUCAGAAUUGAUGAUAAAUUUUUCUGAGCUUUCGUCAGUGUUUCUUGGGAUUUUUAUUUGUUUUGUUUUUUAAAACUCUUGCAGUAUGCAGGUUUUUUAAUUUGGUUUUCCAUGAUGACUUAGUCUCUUGGUUUCUACAUAUCCAGCAUAGAUUGGAUCUGUUGAGAACAAUCUGAACAAAUUAUAAAUCCUGUUUCUGCAGGACAGUGCAGAUUUUGGAACAGUAUAUUACUAUUUCCUAUGCUGCUUUUUUUUUUUUUUUUCACCCACCCUGCCCCAUUGUCUGUGAGUAGUUUCUAAAGGAGGACAUGCAUCGUAAACGCAAGCCACAGUGUAAUGUAGGGGUUUUAUCCAAGCUUCCAUAAUUUAUGUACAUUGUUGGGCUGGGAGAAAGGACAACUCACCUUCUGUUGCUUCAGAAAUUCACUUCUUUUUCCAUGAGCUUCCAUCACCCUAAAGAAAUGAGGAGAGGCUGGGUUAGAAAGCACCACUGGUAAUCUGACGAGGCCAAAUCUACUGGGCUGAAGCCCAGUUCAUCUGUUCUUCACAUUUCUGAUAUAGGGGAGAAAGAUAACUUUAGAGAUGAUGAUGCAGCUUUUUGGGGAAAGAGUUGUUUCUGUUUUGAUCUACUUUUUGAAUGUAAUUGUUCAUUAAUUGGACCUUGUACAGUCCAGAGGGUUGUUUCUGCUGCUUUUCCAUGCGGAAUAAGGUUAUGGAAUGUUAGUUUUAGUGUGUGUAAUUAUUCAAAGCCUUAUUUAAAUUCUAUUAAAGAACAUACCAUUUUAAAUGUAAUUGCACUAAUGAAAUCUCUGCCAUUACCUCA